CAGAAGCGGUCCUUUCUAGCCCACCUCCCUGGUCUCAGCAUCGUCUUCAGCGGCGAGUGGCGGAUCAGGGGGUCGGACGGAGAGAGAGAGAGAGAGAGAGAGAGAGAGAGAGAGAGAGAGAGAGAGAGGGGAGAAGGGAGGAUGGUCCAGCUGGCGAGCCGGAUGCGAAACUCGACGAGGAUAAUGGCGUACGCCUCACACGAGUUGCUGGAUGUGCAACUAGUGACCAAUUAAAAACGACCGUGACCGGAGCGUAUAGUGAACCAUGUUGCACUAAACUUCAACCUGUUGUGUGCUGGGGGGGAGGAGGAGGAGAAGAUAGGAGGAGGACGGCGAUUACGUAGGCUAGGCAGACGGGCAUCAGUCACCACUUGCCAUAGGUGGCCUUCAGCAAGGUAAAAGCUAUGGGCAACACGGCCACCAAGUUUCGAAAGGCCGUGGUGAGCGGGGAUGAAGCCCUGGCCUGGCAGCUGUAUGAGGGCAACCCCCAGUUUCGAGAUGGCCUGGACCCCAACGCAUCAUACGGAGAGCAGUACCAGCACAACACACCGCUGCACUACGUCUGCCGCCAUGCAAUGACCCGCCUGCUCAGGUCCUUCCUGUUCAGCAAAGAAGGAAACCCAAACAAGCGCAACGUGCACAACGAGACGUGCCUCCAUGUGCUGUGUCAGGGCCCGCAGAUCCUGCUGCUGCCAGAAGGGGCGUUUGCCCCUCGGCUGGCCCGACCCCAGAGGGACGAGCAGCGCCGUGCAGACUGCCUGCAGAUGAUCUUGAGCUGGACUGGGGCCAGACUGGACAGAGGUCAGUACGAGAGGGCCAAUGUCAAUGCUACCGACAACCACCACAGCACCUGUCUACACUAUGCUGCCGCUGCUGGUAUGAAGAGCUGUGUGGAGCUGUUAAUCCAGAGUGAGGCAGACCUGUUUGUGGAGGAUGAGGACAAGCUGACGCCAUGCGACCAUGCUGAGCGGCAGCAACACACGGAGCUGGCCCUCAGCCUGGAGUCCCAGAUGGUCUUCUCCUCCGCCUCGACCCAGAGCACAAACACAGACGCUGGCCUACUCCGACUUAAAGAGCCCUAUGAGGGCCUUAAGCUCCAGGAUCUGCGUCGGCUGAAGGACAUGCUGAUUGUGGAGACAGCAGACAUGCUGCAGGCCCCCCUCUUCACUGCGGAGGCCCUGCUCCGAGCUCACGACUGGGACAGGGAGAAGCUGCUGGAAGCCUGGAUGUCGGAUGCCGAAGGCUGCUGCCAGCGCUCGGGUGUGGCCAUGCCCACCCCACCACCCAGUGGCUACAAUGCUUGGGACACACUGCCAUCACCCCGCACGCCCAGGACCCCCCGCUCACCCCUCACGCUCACACUCACUUCCCCCACCGACAGUUGCCUCACCCCCGGGGAGGAUGGCCUGGCCACGGUGAGAACGCUGUGUGGGAUCUGUCUGUGCUCUAUCUCAGUGUUUGAGGACCCAGUGGACAUGUCCUGUGGCCACGAGUUCUGCAGGGCCUGUUGGGAAGGGUUUCUUAAUGUAAAAAUCCAGGAGGGCGAGGCCCACAACAUCUUCUGCCCGGCCUUUGAUUGCUAUCAGCUGGUGCCGGUCCAGGUGAUAGAGAGCGUAGUGUCCAGAGAGAUGGACCAGCGGUACCUACAGUUUGACAUAAAGGCCUUUGUGGAGAACAACCCUGCCAUUCGUUGGUGUCCUGCGGUGCGUUGUGAGAGGGCAGUCCGGCUGACCAGGCCAGGCCCUGGGGACAGUGAUCCUCACAGCUUCCCCCUGCUGCCCUCUCCAGCAGUGGAUUGUGGAAAGGGACACUUAUUCUGCUGGGAAUGCCUUGGCGAGGCCCAUGAGCCAUGUGAUUGUCAGACAUGGAGGAACUGGCUCCACAAAGUCACAGAAAUGAAGCCAGAGGAGUUGGUAGGUGUGAGUGAGGCUUACGAGGAUGCUGCUAACUGCCUGUGGCUACUGACCAACUCCAAACCCUGUGCCAACUGCAAGUCACCCAUUCAGAAGAAUGAGGGCUGCAACCACAUGCAGUGUGCCAAGUGUAAGUAUGACUUCUGUUGGAUCUGUCUGGAGGAAUGGAAGAAGCACAGCUCAUCAACUGGAGGCUACUACCGCUGCACCCGGUAUGAGGUCAUCCAACAGCUGGAAGAGCAGUCUAAGGAGAUGACUGUAGAGGCAGAAAAGAAGCACAAGAGUUUUCAAGAACUGGACCGCUUCAUGCACUACUAUACCCGCUUCAAGAAUCACGAACACAGUUACAAGUUAGAGCAGAAACUGCUGAAAACAGCCAAAGAGAAGAUGGAGCAGCUAAGCAGAGCCUUCAUUGGCCGUGAGGGCACUCCUCCAGACACACGGUUUAUUGAGGAUGGUGUGUGUGAACUGCUGAAGACGCGGCGCGUGCUAAAGUGCUCUUACCCCUACGGUUUCUUCCUGCAGCAAGGCAGCACACAGAAAGAGAUCUUUGAGCUCAUGCAGACGGACCUGGAGAUGGUGGUGGAGGACCUGGCCCAGAAGGUGAACCGCCCCUACCUGAGGACCCCCUGCCACAAGAUAAUGAGUGCAGCCCGCCUGGUACAGCAGAAGAGACAGGAGUUCUUGGCCUCUGUUGCCCGGGGUGUGGCCCCUAACGACUCUCCUGAGGCUCCCCGCAGGAACUUCCCUGGAGGGUCCUGGGACUGGGAGUACCUGGGUUUUGCCUCUCCUGAGAUGCUGAAUCGUCACUCUCUACUGGGAGGAGGAGAUCAGAGAGAGAGGCAGACACAGGAGUACCCUGACUUCCAGUACCGUAGGAGACACAGGCAGCGGCGCCGAGGAGACAUGCUGAGUCUGCACAGCCUCCGGAGCAACAGCAACACACCAGAGACCAGCAGGAGGAGUGACAGUACAGAAGGCCCAGAGAGGAGCGAAGGCCGGAGGCGUCCUCUAGGCUCCCUGGAUGAGGAUGACCCAAACAUUCUGCUAGCUAUCCAGCUAUCCCUUCAGGAGUCCCGCAGAGAGAGAAGCCUGGAAGGUGGGAUGGACAGAGGGAUGGAUGAAAGGCUAGAGCCAGACAGAGGACAGGAGAGGCGGCUGGGUGUUGGAGGAGAGCUAGGGGGCAUUGCUUUGGACUACCACAACACAGAUGGUGCUCUAAAGGCCAGACGUUCCUCCCUGCCCCCAUCCAUCGUGGAUCCACCUCGCCCCCCUGUCAGGACAGACUCCGCCCCCCACCCACCAUCCUCCAACCCCCUCCCUCUCCCUCUCCCUCUCCCUCCUCCAUCCCUCAGCGCAGAGCUGCUGGAGCUAGGAGACAGCCUUAUGAAGCUAGGGGAUAUUACCACUCCCUAUGACCUAGACACAAACACCUUUGACGCCCAUACACAGAACCAGCCAUACUCACACCCUACGUACAACCAUAGUUCGCUCAGCACUCCUUACACCAGAGGACUGAAUAACAAUGAUUACAGCCAUGUUCAAGAUCCAAAUGCAACGACUGCCCCAUAUUCACUUGACCAUAUUGCUGCCAGUCUAAGCUCAGAGCCAAGCUACAACAGCCAGGAACAGAGUCACUGCCACCAAGGUAAUUACUCCUCGAAGCCUGAACAACACAUCGGUUCCUCUGCACUUCAGCACACCCCAAACCCUGCCUGUCCCAAUUCUUGUAAUCUAGAUCACACAGGCAUUUAUGAACGUGCCCCAAAUCAUGACAAUUCUUACAUCUCUCACGCUGAAUGUCUUAGCUCGCACACCCUCGAACAGACUACCCCCUACGCACUUGAACAUACUCUCUGUUCAGCCCCCCAGCCCCCUGCCCAGUUGUGCCUCCCCUCUCCAGAGAUGGAGCCAGAGCUCCUACUUUCACCAGUGAUCCCCCCCGGGGGUGCCUUCACCCCCAGUGACCCCCAGAGCCUGGAGCAACUUGACCCGGCGGCCAGUGCCCAGCUGCUGGACAACAUCAUGGCCUGGUUCAGCCAUAACAUUAACCCCCAGAACAGCCCUCAGAGCUUGGCCCUCAUCCCCUCACCCCCCACCACGGAGACCACCUCCUCACCUGACACAGUCACAGAGACAGGGUCAGACAGCCAGACCUCUAGGGAGGUCACGCCAGCAUUGGUCUGGCAGCAUUCGGAGGGAGAGCCUGAGAUGAGAGGAGGGACAACCAGUCCCUGCCUUCCUGCUGGGGCUGUGGAGGGCCCAGGAACCUGGAGGCCCACAACACUAGAGCUAGAAAACAGGGAGGCACAUGAGGAGUGUGUGGGAGCAGGGUGUGCGGCAGACCUGUCGCUGGACGAAGCGGACGCACACCCACGCUUGCACACCAACUCUGGAGAUGGCCCAGCUCUCACAGCCCUGACCAGAGAAACAGACUUAAACCAAGACCUUCAGUUGCCAGAGGACUCAUCACCUGAGGAGUGGGAGGAGCAAGUACACUUAGUAUGACUUUGACUGACCAAGACAAAAAGCCAGGAGAGAGACAGAGGGUUUAGCUAAGUAGAGAAGUUGGUGAAUAAAAAGGCAAAAAAAGGAAGAAGACUAAGAGAGGUCAACAAAUGUUGAGAGGUGGAAAAGAAGAAAUAGUUGGUGUAGUGACACCUCAGUGAAAAUCUUGUUCUUUGGGACUAGAGUUUGCUGUAAGUAUUUUACUAUUAUGUAGAAAGGCUGUAAAACCUUGAGCGCUUAGUCAAGUAAAGAUACUGUUAUGAGCAGUGUGGACACUGACAAAUCAUUCUUCGACACUCAAACCAGUGUUCAGAACUGAGAGUGUAUCAGUGAAAAGCUACUGAUAUCUUACACAGACACAACACUAAAACAUGUUAUUUUCAAUUUAUUUAUUAUUACUGCCUCCUGUGUUUGAGUUGGUCUUGUCAUUUGUCAUGGGUGUAGCUUUGGUGCUGACCACUUCAAAUUCCAAACUUGCCUCUUGAACUUUUUUCCAAGCGUUAGCUAUGGUCCACAAUGGCCGAACCCUCGAUUACCACUCCGACCCAACCAUGAGCCCUAUAAAAGCUCCAAGGCCCGAGAUAUGACAACUGUAACCUUAGAGCUGACACAGCGUACUGUACAAUCACAGGGACUAAUUCCAAUUUUGGACCUUCUUGCACACUGUGCCUGCUUCGACAGAGAGCCCAGCCACUACUGAUCUCUACUUUUGGCAGGCUGAGAGAAAGGGAACGCUAUCUCUUCUGCUCUGUAAGCAUCAGUGGAGUCACAGCUCUGAUCAUUUUCCACCUUGCCAGUGCAUUUUGUUCAUCUUGACAUUUGUGACAUUAUUAUUAUUGUAAUUAUUUUCUUUUUUUGCUUGCCCCAACCCACAGGGAAGUCAAGAGUACAGGGUCAGCUGGAGAGCAUCACUAAUAGGGAUGUAGUCUUGUUUAAGGACAUUUUUAGCAGAGCCAUGGAGAAUUGAACCAGGUGCAUCCAAUUGAAAGAGCCACCCUGCUGCCCAUUCCAAACAGUUUUCUUUUAGCCUUACUCCAAGAGAUCAGCUGUCAUCCAUACAUGAAGUGUAUGGAUUAUCGACCAGAACAUUAAAGUUUUUUGACAUUGAAAUGGGAAACUGAUGUUAAAGGCUGGGUAUCAGGCUUUUUGGUAUGCCGACUAUGUUGGCACUAUUUGAAAUUGGGUUCAUUUUCUUCAUCAUAUCUGUUCCACCACUGAUGUCUAUGACAGUGUGCUAUUGAUAGUCGUUGUAGGAUAGGAGAUGUUUGAGGUUUGGUUGUCAUUCUUUUAUCUCUUUGUUCCUUUUUUUAAACUGAUGAAGAUCAAAUUCUUUCUUGGGAAUGUGCCUUUUAUUUUAAUCAUAUUUAAUUGAUUUUUGUUUUAUUUAAUGGUAUUUAUUAUUGCUGUCACUUUUUUAUACAGACAUUCAAAUUAUAUAUUGUAGAAUUGCGAAUGAGAGAUGAUUUACAACACAGCCCUCUUAAUCUGAGUGUUGUUAUACACUGAGUCAACAAGACGUCAGGAGCAUCUUCCUAACAUUGCAUUAGACCCAGUUUUGUCCUCGGAGCAGCCUCCAUUUAUUGUGGCAUUCAUUGUGAGAUGCUGACUCCAGAUAGGCUGGAUGUGGUUGAUUUUUACUCUGAAUACUUUGUUCCAUCUCACUACAGCUAUUUGUUUGGAUUGAGAUCUGGCAGCUGGAACGGAGACUUCUUUAAGCUGAAUUUGAUGUUGUGUUGAUAGAAACAUUCUUGGACAAUCUUAGCCCACCUGCUGAAAACAAUCCAUUCACAGAUUGACAGAUUGCUCCAAUGAAGGGAUGCACCUGAUAGGUAAUGAUGUUCAAAUAUCAUGUGGUGUUGCUCCACUUUCAGGAGGCCCACUGUCAUAAAAAAUACGCCCACACUAUCGUACCACCACCAUUACAGACAUGUUGACUGGCACCAUUAUGGCUGCUUGUAAUCGUGGUUCUCUCCACACCCCCACACCCUGGUCCUCCAUCAGCAGGAAACACAAUUCAGCAGGCCAGGCAAUGUCUUGUCAACCCUCUAGUGACCAAUGUUUUCAUCCCAUAGCCACCUACACUUGCUGUUAGUUAUUUUAUUUUAUUGCUGAGGUGGAACUCUACCUUGUCGGAUGAACUGCAUUUAUGUCAAAGGGGGACAUGUUGUGCGUCUAGUUCAUCUUUCAGUACCAACGUUGUACUACUGAACUGUUGUGCUGACAUCAGUUGACUAACUAGGCUGUCUGUUUCUUCUGCAGAGUUCAUGUUGGCCACCUUUGACAGCUGUUGUCAGUAAACUGGCCUGCUGUUGGCUGGAUGUCCUUUAGAUGCCCAGUUUAAAAGAAAACCCAGCUGCCCUGGCAUCUACCAUCACAUCCCAUUCAAAGGCACUUCAGAUAAUAUUUUUUAUUCCCAUUCUCUGGCCCAUGUCUUAAUUAUAUCAAGCCUUAAAAUGCUUCUUUCACUUGUUUCUUCCCCCUUGUCCACACUGAUCAAAGUCUCUUCUAACAGGCAACAUUGAAGAGGGAUUGUACCUUUGACCUAAAUUCUCCUGGUCACCCUUUUUCAAGGAAAGGGCAGGUUUCCCUAUUGUUUGUGUAGUCAGUGUACGCUGAGGAUGAAGAUGCAUGUUAUUUCUCAGCUGUCAUCCCCUUUAUUCAAAUCACUUCGUUCCUUGCAGCCCGAGAGACCAGAGGCAAAUACCACAAACUAAUAUCCAAAUUUUUUGCUUCGCUGGCAAACACACAUUUCAAUUUGACUUUAAAUGCAAAACAAUAUAUUAUGUGGAAAAUCAUAACUUGGAGGAAUGGGAUUUUUUCUACCACAGUAACUUGUGUAUCUGAGUUUUAUUCAAAAGCAAUCUGUCGGUUUCGUCAUUAUAUGACUCUGUAAUAUAUCCUUUGAUUCUUUGGUAGUUUUACUGCCUCCAUCUUAAACUUUAAGGCUCAAAUCCUUCAUUCACAAGUGGUCAAAUCUAAAAUACUGCCUUUUGUGUUAACACUUGCUUAGGUGCUUUGGGAACCAAUAGUGUUUAAGGGUGUGUGUUUUUUGGCAAGGCAAACAUUGAUGUUCUGUAUGAAAUGUAGUGACAUAUAUUCAAAACCCAAACCCUGCUUUUCAUUGAAUUUGUUUCUCCCUCUAAAUAGACAGACAACACAAAUUUGAAGCAAAUUACUGAACAGGAUGGGAUAAGCAAUCAAAUAUGCAUCGCAUUCACCAAUUCAUUGCUUUGGUUAAGCUGUAAUGGGAAAUUUUAGAAAUGCAUUUUCAGUUUCUUUCAGACGUACAGGUUUGGAGUGAUCCACGAAAUUGCACGUGGGUGUUGUGUAAUUGACAGCAAAUGGCAAAGUCCUGAAAUUAUGCCUUGCCAUCUCCUCACUUACUAGAGGAGCAACAUAGAGAUGUAAACGUGUUGAAGAGGCAACCGUGCAGACUAUGCUAAUAUGUCAUGAAGUCUUCUUCGGUGCAAAGGCUGCUUGUAUUGGACUCUGCCCAUUUGGUGGUGUUAUGGUGCAACAAGAUUGAUGGUUGAGACACUGAGUCUGUAUCUUGUUUUUCCUUGGUUCCCAAUUUUAAUUUCGCAAAAACUAUUUUUUUAUGCUUUGACACUAAUUUACAGUUGAAAUUUAAAAUGGGGUAUAUUGCACACAGUUUAUAUUCCAAGGUUUUUUUUCAUUUAAUAUAUAUAUAUAUAUAUAUAUAUAUAUAUAUGCACUCUAUUUGUAUCGUCGGUGGAAGGGGCUGUGCCAUUUUUUCGUAUUUCAUCUGAUUUUCAUAUCUCCGCAAUCAAACAGCCAAUGAUUAUACAAUUCUUAAAAUUAAAUUGCACUUUCAUAGAUUCUACUUGAUACAUUCCCAAUCAGUCCAUUUGAAAGGAGGUAAUGUUUGAUGUCUGAUCAAUACUUAAAAUGAAAUUGUCAGUGCAAAGUCUACUCUCAAUAAAAAGAACUGAAAAGUG